AGGUUCUCACGUGCGCCUCUGCAUUCCCUACUUCCACGUGCGUCUUUUUGCUGCGCUGCCUCCAGCAUGGCCGGGGAUGGCAGCGGUGGCGGCAGCCCCGGCGAUGAAGCUGUCGCGGCGGCCCCCAUCUCCCACCCGGGCCGGCUCCUGGGCCAGAACCGGCAGUUUUUGGAUUUCUUCUGGGACAUCGCCAAGCCCCAGCAGGAGACGCGCUUGAAGGCGACGGAAGAUCUGCUGCGCUACUUGCGAGAGAACCAGAAAGACGAUGAGCAACUGAAAUACAGCUUGAAGCGCCUGAUUGAUGGAUUGGGAGCAACACGCGAAGCAGCCCGUCCAGGAUUCAGUUUGGCUUUGGCUCAGGUAUUGCAGGUUUUUGAGGAGAUCUCCCUCCUCACAGUCCUGGACCAGAUCAAAGAAAAAUACGACCUCGGCAGAGUGAAGAAGAAACUCUUCCGAAAUGCUCUGUUUGGGAACUUUUUUGGCGUUCUGGCUCUGUUCCAGUCCGGGCGUCUUCCAAAGGAUUCAAAAGCUCUCCUUGGCUGCGUCCAGCUUCUCCAGAGCCUUUCGGAUCACCACGCCCACCUCAAAGACCUUCCUAGGAAGACAUUGGCUGACAUCGUUUCCGAGAUUCCGGAGGCUGUGUUUGAAGAGGUCCUUUUCAGCUUCUUGGAAGAUGACCUCACCUCGGCCUUCAGCAGUCCAGGGCAGCUUUACCUCCUGCUGGUGGGCAUCCAGAAGUUCCCCAGGGUUCUCCGGCCAGAAAAACUGAAGGCCCUCUUGGGCACGACUGCCGUUAUCACGGCAGAAAACAUUCCCAGGCUGCUGGAGGUUUUGAAAAUGGCGGCCAAGUCUGAGAAAAAGGACAGAAGUCUUCCUACUGUCGGACUGGACUUGAUGAAAGUGGCCCUGAAGGAAGGCACCUUUGAGCUCUUCUGGAAAGAAGCCGUUGAGAACGGUCUGCUGAAGGACAACGUUGGACCUUGCAGUUACAUGUGUUACCGGUUGCUGGGCAGCUCUCUCCCGCUCCUGUCGACUAGCCAGCUAAGGAUGGUUCUCCGAGGGGAAGUCAUGCGUCAUUAUGGGACCCAUGUUGUGUCCACCCAGAUGCAUGACAGAUUCAAGUUUGCCCCAGAGAUGGAGGCCUACGUUGACUCGUUCUUAGAGGGAUGCAGUGACCCGGCCAAGCAGCUGGCGGCGAUGGUUGGCUUCUCCACGCUCACCAACCAAGGCUACCCGGUGGUGCCCAGUUUCUGGAAAGUGCUGAGGCACCUGCUCCCCGGGGCGUUGCUGAAGUACAUGGCCUGGCUCAAGAACAUGUUCCUCAACCCGGAUUUGGACGCCUGCGUGGAUUUCGCCACCAGGCGGCAGCAGCAGAACGAGAAGAAGACGGACGCGGAAAUGACCCAGCACUGUGUGACGCGCCUGAGGAAAUGGAUCAUAGCUCGGCUGGUUGGCCUCGUUGAGAACCCGCAGAUCAAGAAGGGAGAAGAGUUUGUGACUGAUGUGACCAGGUUCUGCUUCUUUCACGCUUUUUUCAAGACCAAGAAACCGACCCCUGAGAUAACCGAGACAAAAACCACACCAUCGGUGCCCCUGAACGAGGCAUCCCGCACAGCAGCCGCAAACUCGUUUUUCAGUUUGCUCCAGCACUUGAACACGAUGCCCGCCCUGGGGGACUCGGCCAAAGCAGAAGAAAUGAGGAAGAAGCACCUUCACGGCUUGACCGCCAGCGGGGACUCCUGGCUCUACCUCAUCGUUCAGUACGCCAGUGCCCUCCUCUCUCACCAGGCCCACGUCGCAGUUGUGGUGCCAUUUAGCGAUGAAGAGAAGCUUGCUUGGGACAGAAUGCUCCAGACGGUGGAAACCUUGCGGAAGAGAGAGAAGAAAAGUCAGAACCUGAAGUCCUCCGCCUUCCAACACCUCCUGCUGUUAGUUGGCAUUCACCUCUUCAAGUCUCCUGCAGAGUGUGUGAACCUUCUGAGCGACCUGCAGAAUUGCACCCAGAGAGCCUUUGGAGAGAAACCCAAGAAGAAAAAGACAGCGGUUGCUGGUGGCGAAGAAGAGCCGGAAUGGGUGGAGGUGAUCAUCGAAGUCCUCCUUUCCCUACUGGCCCAGUCCAGCGGGCUCAUCCGACGGGUCUGCAAAAGCGUCUUUGGGCUCGUCUGUCAGCACAUGACGAAGGGCGCCCUGCAGCUCAUCUUAGACGUUCUCGACCCACAGCACGACCAGGAUGAAGAGAACGCUGUCGUCGUGAUGGAAGAAACUCAAAAGAAGAAAUCUUUGCUGGAAGAUGUGAGCGAAGAGGAUGAUGGUGAGGAGAGUUCUUCUGACGAAGACGACAGCUCUGAGGACGAUGAGAGUGAAGGGGAGGAAAAGGAGGCUUCGGAGACGGAUAACGAAGACGAGAACGUUGAGGCCGACGAGAAAUUCCGCGCCAUGCUGCGAGGAGUUCUGCAAGCUGGGAAUGCACUGGGUGGCGAUGACAGCGACGAGGACGUUGAUGACGAAACCAUGAUGUCCCUGGACGAGAACCUGUCGGCCCUCUUUGCCGAGCAGAAGAAGCGCAUCCAAGCCAAGAAGGACGAGAAGGAAAAGAUGCGCAAGGAGAAAAUAUUACGCCGGGAAUUCAAGAUCAAGGUUCUAGAUCUGGUCGAGGUGUUCCUGUCGAAGCAGGCAGAGAACCCCCUCGUGUUCACCAUCAUCGACCCCCUCCUCUCCGUGAUCGAGCAGAGCAUGAGCAGCGGGUCCGACAAGCAGGAGCAAGACUACCUCCGGAAGACGGCCGAUAUCUUCACGAACCACCUAUGUAGAUCCAAGCAGUACUGCAAAAACGUGGCCCCCAUCCGGGAAGAACUGCACACCCAGCUGGAGAGUCUGGUGAAAAGAGCUUGCAAGCAGAGCGACUCCUCUGUUGCCCUUUACUGCUUCAGUGGGUCCCUGUACCUCUUCCGGGUAUUGAAGGGGAACACGGCUGCUGAAGCUGCUCCGCAGGUCGCUCAGCCGAAAAAGAAGCUGAAGAGCAGCGAAGGAAGUGGUGCGCUGACCGCUCAGUCCCUUGCUGUCGGCAGCCUGGACCUGGACCGAGUGUCCGCUGUGUACAAGGAAGCGUUGAACCUGUUUUUGACAAAGCGCAAGAGCCCGCUGACAGGGCCCAUGUUUCUCGACCUCUUUGAACGCCACCCGAUCAUGUGCAACCAACUGAUUGGCACCAUUGUCAAGUCGAUCACAGAAGGCGCUCGACAGCACCAGCAGGCCCAGGCAUGCAUGCUUCUUCAGAAAGCUCUGCAGACCCGGGAUUUCAAGCUCUCGUUGUCCGAAAACGAGUGGGAGGAGCUGAUCAGGGAGAGCACCAAUCAGAUAAAAGAGACUUUAAAGACAGUGAGUGAAAUCAAGGUCAAGGUGGACCAGGAGAAGAUCAUCAAAUGUCUGGAGCUACUGAACUACCUCAUAAAAACUGUGACUCAGCAGAAGCUGAACGUGGAUCUGGCAGGGCUGCGCCAUGUGCUGCAGGCGCUGAGUCAGCACGAGGGCUUCGGGAGGUCCACACGACUCGACAAUAUCUACUGGAAUGUCAUGAAGCUCCUGGGCGUCACGCGACCGGUCAAGGAGAAAGCCCCGGCUCAGCCGAAGAACCCAGCCGCAGCCGAGGCACCGAAGCGGAAGAAAAAGGGCUUCCUCCCUGCCACUAAGAUACGCAAGAACCGCAAGAAGGUGCCGCCAGUCCAGUCCCAGGAGAACGGUGCCGAGAACGGCGUCAAAGAGGCCGCCACGACUGUUGCAGACAACGCCGCCCCUGCGGGGAAGAAGAGGAAAAGGAAGAGGAAGAACCGAGGGGGAGGCAGCGGCCAGAGCCAAGUGUCCCUGGAGGGUCCUCCAGCCAAAAAGCCGGUGCAGCUGCAAGGGCGCGGCAAAAAGGCUGAUGCGCAGCAGGGCAGUUUGAAGAAGAAGAAGAAGAAAAAGGGAAAGAAAGGGAAGAUAGAGGACUGAUUUGGGAAGGGAACUGGAAGGGGGAAAGUGCUGGUUUUAUAAAUGCUCGGAGGAGUCUUCGCCAACCUGGUGUUCCUCCAGAUAUUUUGGACUACAACUCCCAUCAGCCCCAGCCAGCAUGUUGUAGUCCAAAAUGCCUGGAGGGCACCACGUUGGCCAAGGCUGGAAAAAAAACCUUUUGCACCUUUUGUUUGGUUUAAACCAGGGUUUCCCAGACUUGGGUCCUCUGCUGUGGUUGGACUACAACUCCCAUCAUCCCUAGGUAGCAGGACCAGUGGUUAGGGAUAAUGGGAAUUUUAGUCCCAAAAAACAGCCAGAGAUCCAAGUUUGGGAAACCCUGGUUAAAUAAUCCACUGAAUGCAAAUGUGUGAUAAGCAUCCCUUUUAUGUAUAUAAAAAAAUCAGCUUGCAGAACUUUAACUAUACUACUAUAAUAUUACUAUAGUAGACUGUUACUGGUAGUAUAUUACUACUGAUUGGAAGUCCAGUACUCUGCUCCAGAGUUACUAGCCUUGAUACAAAUAAAUAAAAGGUUUUGGGUCCCUUGGUUAACGUGCUCAGAAAGCCCAAAGAAAGCCAGAUCACACAUAAUAUAACACAUUUUGGGAUUAAAUGGAAGCAGCCUCUUUUAGACGACGCUGUCAGAACUCCUUGGAACAUUCAGAUUUAUGAUCCUCUCCAGUCCGCUGUCCUGACCUUUUUAAUAACAGAAGGCUGCAAGUUACUCCGCUGUUGGAUGUGUAAUCCUUCAUAAAAAUUAUAUGUUUUAAAAGA